AUGAAGAACUUAACUUCACUGGCAUUUCAUGCUUCCAUCGCCCUGGCAGCAGCCUUGAUCCGGGGUGGUCCCACCUCUAAUACCGAGACCCCAAGCGUCCGCAGAAGCGCCGAGGCUGUUGAAGUGGAAUUGACGAACUGGAUCAGGGGCAAGACAGAUUUGCAGUGGCAGGGUACAAUCACUGUUGGUACGCCGCCGCAGAAAUUCAAUGUCAUCUUUGACACCGGCUCUUCUGCCUUGCUGCUUCCCCGGAGCAACUGCACUACCUGCGGACCCCACAACCUGUUCGACUCUAGCAAGUCCAGCACCUUCUCAAGCCAGCCAGGGGUUCACGUUACGCCUCAGUUUGGGACUGGAAGCGACACCAUCCCCCUCGUCGAGCCACAGGGUGCCAAUUGUUCCGUUGUCACGGAUACAGUAUCUGUCGGUGGCCUCCAUUCGUUGAACCAGCAGUUCCUCCUCUGCGAGUAUGGGGGCGGACUGGCGGGCCAGCCUGCAGAUGGAAUAGUUGGCCUGGGCCCGGCAAAGACGUCGACAUGGGAUGGCGAAGACAGUUACGAGACGCCUUACUGGCGUCUUGUCAACUCUAAUAACCUGUCGAGCUCAGAGUUUGGCAUCUCAUACCUCCCUGGCGAAAGGACCGGCAGUGUGAUCACGAUUGGGGGCACUGACCCGGCAAGAUACCAAAACGACACAAACACGGUUCCACUCAAUCCCGAACUCUCGAUACUCCGUGAAGGCUGGGUUAUUGACGUUCGCUCCGUCUACGUGGGUGUGGACGAACUUAAGUCAACCAAUCGUAGUCAGCCGCUCAACCCGGGGGUUAGUCUCCUUGAUACCGGAACGGCCUUCAUUCUGGUGCCGGACCGACAGACAGCAGAAGACCUGUAUGCGCAAAUCUCAGAGGAGAUCCAGCCACUCGACGCGCUGGGGUCUUGGGGUUGUGGGUGCGAAACCCUGGACCGAGUCGCAAAAGAGGUUACCUUCGAGGUGGGCAGAGACGGACUCGCGGCCAACCUGACGGUCCCAGCGCGCUUCUUCAAUCUCGGCGAGUACCCUGGGCAGCCCGGCGUGUGCCAGGCUCUCUAUCUCCACCCGCCAGCGGGGCCGGCGCGGGAUCCGCUCCACCAACUGCCGGCUUGGGUGUUUGGCAGCCCGCUUCUCAAGUCGUACUACACCGUGUGGGACGCGGAACGGAUGGUGAUGGGCUUUUCGGAACCCGCUCUCCAGCCCAGUGACCACUGUGGGGGUGGGAAGGGAGAGUCGCCCCAGUGA